UGAGCAGGCCGCAGGGCCGCGAGCCGGGGUCCGGACGACGAUGGAGUACCUGACGGAGUCCGCUGAGCGCAGCCCCGGACACAUCUUGUGCUGUGAAUGCGGUGUCCCGAUUAGUCCAAAUCCUGCCAAUAUUUGUGUGGCUUGUUUGCGAAGUAAAGUGGACAUCAGCCAAGGUAUUCCGAAACAAGUUUCCAUUUCUUUCUGCAAGCAGUGUCAAAGAUAUUUUCAGCCACCGGGAACCUGGAUACAGUGUGGUUUAGAAUCCAGGGAACUUCUUGCUUUGUGUUUAAAAAAAAUCAAAGCCCCUUUGAGUAAGGUACGGCUUGUAGAUGCAGGCUUUGUUUGGACUGAGCCCCAUUCUAAGAGACUUAAAGUUAAAUUGACUAUUCAGAAAGAGGUGAUGAAUGGUGCCAUCCUUCAACAAGUGUUUGUGGUGGAUUAUGUUGUUCAGUCCCAGAUGUGUGGAGAUUGCCACAGAGUAGAAGCCAAGGACUUCUGGAAGGCUGUGAUUCAAGUCAGGCAGAAGACUUUGCACAAGAAAACUUUCUACUAUCUGGAACAGUUGAUCCUUAAAUAUGGAAUGCAUCAAAAUACACUUCGUAUCAAAGAGAUUCAUGAUGGUCUGGAUUUCUAUUACUCCUCCAAACAGCACGCUCAGAAGAUGGUAGAGUUUCUUCAGUGUACAGUUCCCUGUAGAUACAAAGCAUCGCAAAGAUUGAUAUCUCAGGACAUCCAUAGUAAUACAUACAAUUACAAAAGCACUUUUUCUGUGGAAAUUGUUCCAAUAUGCAAGGAUAAUGUUGUCUGCCUGUCUCCAAAGUUGGCACAAAGUCUGGGAAACAUGAGCCAAAUCUGUGUGUGUGUGCGAGUAACUAGUGCCAUCCAUCUCAUAGAUCCAAACACUCUACAAGUUGCAGAUGUUGAUGGCAGCACUUUCUGGAGUCAUCCUUUCAAUAGCUUGUGCCAUCCCAAACAGCUCGAGGAGUUUAUCGUGAUGGAAUGCAGCAUAGUUCGAGAUCUGAAACGUAGUGCUGGCGCUGGAAUGAUAUCAAAAAAGCAUACACUUGGGGAAGUCUGGGUACAGAAAACAUCUGAAAUGGAUACAGAUAAACAGUAUUUUUGUCGCACUCAUUUGGGACAUCUUUUAAAUCCUGGAGACCUCGUGUUGGGAUUUGAUUUGGCCAACUGUAAUUUAAAUGAUGAGCAUGUUAACAAAAUGAACUCAGAUAAAGUUCCAGAUGUGGUGCUAAUCAAGAAGAGCUACGAUCGUACCAAACGCCAGCGGCGCAGGAACUGGAAGCUGAGAGAGCUGACGAAGGAUAGAGAAAACAUGGACACAGAUGAUGAAAGGCAAUACCAAGAUUUUCUUGAAGAUCUUGAAGAAGAUGAGGCAAUUAGGAAAAAUGUCAACAUUUACAGAGAUUCAACCAUUCCUGUGGAAAGUGACACAGAUGAUGAGGGAGCACCUCGGAUUAGUCUGGCCGAGAUGCUUGAAGACCUCCAUAUUUCCCAUGAUGCCACUGGUGAAGAAGGUGCAUCAAUGAUGACAUAAUAGAUCAUGUUGUAUUCUGCUUCGGUAUCUGGACUCAGGAAAUUGGACAAAAUAGCCUUCACUGUAUACUCUAUUUUUGCCUCAAUAAUCUCAGAUGAGAAGUUUAAUUUUAAAGCUAAGUAAAUAUUGAAAUUUGUUUGCUCACUCAAACUGCAAAGGUUUGAUAGCUGUGAAGUUUAAUGAAAUGUUAGAGUAUAAGUACUAAUGUUAGGCCAUUUGAUAUAUGGGAUCUUUAUCUUUUUUUAGUAUUGAGGUAUUAUUAUAUUUUCAUAUAUCACACUGUUAGAUUUAAAAGCUGGAAAACUGCUAUUGUUUGAACAUUAAAUCUCAAGCCAAAAAAAGUGCUUAUAUUAUUUUUAUUGUUUUAUGAGCAUUUGCAGAAUAAUUUAAUAUGAACUUGCUAUCCAUUUUGAUCGACUUUUCAUCAUUUUAUAUGUUCUCAGGCUAGAGAGAUUUGUCUCAGCUUAAUAUUGGACAAUCGGAGAAACUAAAUAAAAUUAGCAUCUUCAAAUGCUUUUACAUUCAAGAUUAUCUUUAUUAUAGUAGAAAGAAGAAAUUUGAAGUUUCUAGAUUUUUGCAGUUACUGAAAGGUUAAAUAAAAACCUGUUGCUUUGUGUUUUUUUCCUGGACAGUAGUUGCUUUAUGUCCUAAAAAUGUCCUCCUGUGAUCUCAAUGAUUUUAGUUUAUGAAUUGAAAGUAACUUUCUCUAUUAGUUGCUAUCAUUGAGUACAACGCCAUUAAAAAAAAAGUGGAUUCCAGUAUUUAGGUGGUAGUAAUGAAAGUAAGAUACAUGUUUUAUAAAACCACGAGUCAGAUUUGAAUGAAAAAUGCCUUUCACAUCCACCCUGAAAGACAAGCCUUGGCUUGGAUUCUCAGGAGUCCUGAGAAUCGAAUGCUAAGAUUCUGUUUUUAUAAGUGAGAUCAGGAUUACUUAGUAUGUAAGAACUAAGAGAUAACUAAAAUCCACACUUAAUAAAUGGGUAAAUUUCCUUUAAAAAAAAUUAGAUUCCCUAAUUUGGAAGUUGAGUAAAGACUUGAACUUUGUUUAGUGGCUCCCUUUUUGUCUGCAUAAUUUUUGGAUCUAAAAAGCACAUGCGGUCCAUGCUGUUAACCUAGUACGGCUGCUUUGUCUAGUUUUUCCAAGGUAAGCGUGGCCACACAGCAGGUGCUCACAGGUAGUCUGUGUCUGUUUAUUCUAUAGUGAGAAUUUUGAAAUGAUCAAAAUAAAACAUCUUUCCUCGUUUUGUGUCCUUGAA